AUGGCGAAAGCCCUGAGCAUCGCAUGCCUGGGCGUGCUUGGCUUCGCCGGUGCCCACAAGCCGCGCACCGACGUGGAGAAGGCAUUCGACAAGUUCUUGAAGGAUUUCAGCAAGGACUACGACGAAGUGGAGAAGCAGGCUCGCUUCGGUGCCUUCGCGGACAACUUCGAGUACAUCACGCGUGAGAAUGCCAAGGGCCAUUCCUACCAGCUCGGUUUGAACGAGUUCUCGGAUUUGUCGCUGGAUGAAUUCAAGAUGAACAAGCUCGGGCUGAAGCUUCCAGAGUCCGUGUGGGGAGAGCUGCCGAGCUUGGGCAUGCACAAGGCAGGCAAUUCCUCGCUGCCCAGCUCCGUCGACUGGCGCAGCAAGGCCGUGACGCCUGUGAAGAACCAGAAGCAGUGCGGCUCAUGUUGGGCAUUCUCUACGACGGGUGCCUUGGAGGGUGCCUGGGCCAUUGCCACGGGCAAGCUUGUCUCGCUGUCUGAGCAGCUGGUCGACUGCUCCAAGAAGUUCGGCAAUGAGGGCUGCAGCGGAGGCCUCAUGGAUAACGGCUUCAAGUACGAGGAGCAGGCACCUGUGUGCACGGAGGACAGCUACCCGUACUUGGCCAAGAAUGGCAUCUGCAAGGCCUCCGGCUGCAAGGUGGGAAUUCCCGCUCACGGCGUCACCGGCUACAAGGACGUCAAGGCCGACGACGAGCAGUCUCUGAUGGACGCUGUCUCGAAGCAGCCUGUGUCCGUGGCCAUCGAGGCAGAUCAGAUGGCCUUCCAGCUCUACAAGGGCGGAGUGCUCAGCAAGACCUGCGGCACCAAGUUGGACCACGGCGUGUUGGUCGUGGGCUACGGAACCGAGGACGGCAAGGACUACUGGUUGGUGAAGAACAGCUGGGGAUCUACGUGGGGUGAAUCCGGGUAUGUGAAGCUGGAGCGUGGCAAGCCGGGACCUGGUGAGUGCGGCAUCAAGAGCCAGGCAUCCUACCCCGUUGUCCACUAUGAGAAGCCGCCGUGCCAGAAGGACGAGACCCAGGCUGAGGUGGAGGGUGCCGGUGGCAGCGUGUGUGCCCCCAAGUGCAACACCGGCUCCUGCCCAACGGACGUCCCAGAGGGCACCACCGCCAAGCCCAUGUGCAUUCUUCAAGACGAGAGCAGCGGCGACAAGUACUGUGCCCUGGCCUGCAUUGUGGGCGGCUGCCCCGAUGGCUCCAAGUGCGUUCACCUGUCCAGCCUGCUGGGUGUCUGCAUCUAUCCGGACUCCAGCUCCAGCAUGAAGCUUGGAGUCGCGCCAGAUUCCAGCGAGAUCACGGCCCUCCAUGCCACAGACCUGAGCAACGCUGGGCGGGUGCAGAGCCAUGCCAAGCUGACGCAGCCCAAGGAGUUCCGGCUCUCCUGUCCACCGACUCCCAGGUCUCCGGGCUCGCCGCUGCCGAGCUGUGCGGAGCUGGAUGCAAGCGAGGUGGACUCCAUCCAGGCCUGGCUUCGUGGUUUCGCGGAGCACGACCAGGGGACCAGGUUCAAAGCAACGGAUUGUCGGCGCUGCUCGCGCAUGGUUCUCCGCUUCUCUGGUGAGGGACUCAGGGCGACGAUGCUCGCCAAGGGGGGUCCCAAUGCCGACUUCGCCUCUGUGCUCGACAGCGCUGUGGUGCACUCAGAGGCUACGAAGGAUGAAGACGGCAAGAACGCGACUCCAGAUCAAGAUCCGUGCAUGAAAGAUGUAGACGGCGUGAAGCCAGAGAUGGUUGGUGCAGAGGAGGCACCCAACAACGGUGCCCUUGCGAGCGGGGAGCAGGUGGACAUCUAUGAGUUUCGCAACAUCGGCUUCCUGCUCCAGUAUUUUGCUGUUGGCUUUCUCAACGUGCCGGGCUAUGUCUAUGCCACGGCAGCGGUGGUCACCACCAUGCCUUGGAGCUUCAAGCUUUUUUUCGGCUUCCUAAACGACUGUUUCCCGAUCCUGGGGUACCGAAGGAAGCCGUACAUGGUCAUUGGUUGGACCCUCUGCUUCCUGACGCUGCUGGUCCUUGGCACAAAGCCACUUCCCAAGCCGUACUUCUGCAUGGCACCAGAUGGCAAUUUCGACAAGGAUCAGAUCUGCAAUGAAGAGGCGCGAUGGGCCGGCGGUGAAUUCGCCUGCCUCAUGUGCCUGGCGGCCCUGGGCUACGUUGUGGCUGACGUGGCUGCCGAUGGCCUCAUGGUGGAGUUCGCGCAGCGAGAGCCGCAGGAGAAGCGUGGCACUACCCAGACGACCAUCUACUUGGUUAGAACGAUCGGAUCCAUAGCGGCCACAGCCGUCGUUGGUAUCGGAAUGAACGGCAAGGAGUACAACGGCACUUUUGACUUCACUUUACGCUUCAACCAGGUCAUGCUCAUCUUUUCCAUCCCGGCGGGGCUCAUGAUCCCGGUGUCGUGGUUCCUGGUCAAGGACACUCCCGUGCAGGAGGGCCAGCGCAGGUCCCUGCGGCAGUACCUGCGCCAGGCCUGGGCAUUGAUGACGCACAAGGCAGUCUUCAUGGUGGUGAUGUGGAACUUCUGGGAAGCGGUGAUCGGCCGCAUUAACACCACAGCCUCGGGAUUGGUGAAGAGUGAAUGGGCCGGCGUCAAGAAUUUCCAGAAUCAGCUCUUUAGCCUCGUGUCGCUGAUGGUGUUCUCCUAUGGCCUCCACAUCGUGAAGAAGCGCUUUCUUCACUGCAGCUGGCGCAAGAUGCUUCUGGGCACGGGCAUCUUCUUGAAUGUGAUGGAUGGAACGUUGGCACUUCUGACCACUUACGACAUUGUGCGAAACCAGUACUUCUACCUGGGCGAGCAGAUCCUGGAUGAUAUACCAGCAGCGGCGAACUUCGUCAUCGGCACUUUCAUCGUCGUCGAGCUGGCAGACCAGGGCGUGGAGGGCCUCACUUAUGGGCUCUUGACUACAGUGGCGAACCUGGGAAAUCCGUUCUCGAGAGCCAUUGGCAACCAGAUUUUUGGCCUCUUCCGCCCGAACCUCUCGGACUCGGCGAACUACCGGUCUGACACACCGGAGUUCCGGAAUACGGUGGCCCUCUCGUUCCUGUUGAGCUACGGCUUCUCCUUCGCAUCCUUCCUCCUGCUUCUUCUCAUCCCGGACCAGAAGGAGGAAGCUCAGAGGAGGAAGAAGGCAUGGGGAAGCAGAUCGACGUACGGUGUCAUUACUAUCGUGCUCCUUGCGUUUGCGAUGAGCUACGCGUUAACGAUCAACUUCAUGACAAUGAUCCCAGCCACUGCCUGCUUGGAGGUGGUGGGUGGAAGUGGCUAUACUACUAGCGUGUCCACCGUUGCUGUGGAAGCUCCCCUGUCCUCCAAGUGCGGCCGCAUGCACGUGCAUCUCGUGUCAGUCUUCUGCUCCAAACAGGACUUACGUGCGGUUCUGCAAGGAACCGCCGCUAGCCCCCGAGGCUUCUGCCGAAGCAGUCGCUGCGUGACAAUCCCAAUCCCCUCGUUGCUCCCGAGGCACGAAUGA